AUGGGUUCGGAGGAGAGGGCGUAUCAUGAGCGCUUCAUGCGUGAGGCUAUUGCUAUGGCCGAGCUUGCUCUCAAGAGCGACGAGACGCCUGUCGGCUGUGUCUUUGUCAAAGACGGCGACAUCAUCGGCCGGGGAAUGAACGAGACGAAUCGGACCUUGAACGGCACCCGACACGCCGAGUUCGUCGCUAUUGCUGGCAUCCUGUCGAAGCACCCUCUCACCGUCCUCAAUGAGACGGACCUCUAUGUCACGGUCGAGCCAUGCGUCAUGUGUGCCUCCAUGCUACGUCAGUACGGCAUUAGAGCCGUGUACUUUGGCUGCUGGAAUGAGCGGUUUGGCGGAACGGGGGGCGUAUUGAACAUUCACUCCGACCCCAGCGUCGACAGGCCGUAUCCAGUUACGGGGGGCAUCUUCAGAGAGGAAGCCAUUAUGCUAUUGAGAAAGUUCUAUGUCCAGGAGAACGAGAAGGCACCAGAGCCCAAGCAGAAGAAGACAAGGGAGCUGAAGACAGAGAUUCUUCCCAUGGAUGUCCAUCAGCCGAAGUCGACGCCGCCACCAGCGCUCCUCUCGCCACCCCUUCCUACAUCCGCUGCUUCUACUCCAACCUUGCCCCUCCAGGCCAGUUCUACACCAGCCCUGGUUUGA